GCACAGGGCUGGUCUCCUGAUGUGCCCUGGGUGCCCCCAGAGAGCUCCACUCUGCUGCCUGGAAUGCCUGUUGGGCCUCUGUACAAUUGCUCCUCUUUCCAUUGCAUGGAAUAAAACUUUUCUUUGCAAAACACACAGGGGUGUCUCUGUGUGGGGGUGUGAAGCUUUGCGAACUCACUUAGGGAAGACACUUCCAAUGCCAGAACCACUUCCCAACACAGGCGACCUCACGGAGGCCAUGACCUUACAUUUCCUCAUGUUCCUGAUGUAAAACCCUCUGCCAUCAAAAGAUGAAGUAGAAAUAGACUUCUCAUUAGAAGUUUAUGCAUGACCGGAAGAGUUGAGAACUUCCUCCUGAAGGUUAGAAAGGGGAGGGAGCUCUGAGUCCUACCCAGCCCAGAGCCGGGUCACAAGAGCACAGGAAUGAAAGAAGAGAGUGGAACAAGAAUGGCAGAAAAUGUCCUUUAUGCUGACUUGAACUUGCCUGAAUCAACCAGACCCAGAAUCCUGAAGGUCCCUGAUGUCCCAGGUUGUACCUAUGCAGAAGUGAAAGUGAAAUCCCAAGAUGCAAAUGAUACAACAAACUUCGAAUCAUCUCGUAAAAGCCGUUGCUCCAGAACACGAGUUCCUGUCCUGCUUGCUGUCCUGGUUGUGAUAAUCCUCAUAAUGGUCAUACCACUGUAUCUGACACUCACAAAUGGUGCAACUGCAGGCAGCCAACAAAAUUCAACAAAAAUACCACCCAGCCACGAAGGGGCACCAGGAAAAAGAUGUUCCAGAACACGAGUUGCUGUCCUGGUUACUGAGAUAAUCCUGCUCCUGCUCACUGUUGUGUGUCAGAUACUCCCAGGUAAAAGCUGUCGUUGUUCCAGAAGACUCCUUGCUGUGCUGGCUGCUGUCCUGGUUGUGGCUGUGCUGGCCCUAACACUGUGUUGGACACUCCUCUAUGGUGCAACUGCAGGCAGCCAAGAGGACUCAACAAUAACCAUCCCUGAGAAGGCACUAGGCUGCCCCCCAAAAUGGAAAAAACAUGGGAGGAAAUGCUACUUCUUUUCUCCAGAAAUGAAACUGAAGGACUGGAAUGCCUCCAGGGAUGAAUGCGCUGCCCUGGGCUCAGAGCUGGUGAUCAUUGACAGCACGGAAGAGCUGAAUUACCUUCUCUCACGAUCAAAACAUAAUUACUACUUACUGGGUCUCAGAUUCUCUCAAGAGGAGAAGAAGUGGAAGUGGCCCAACAACGUGGAACAUGACCCAGCCAUGUUUAAUAUAACUGGAAAAUAUCGCGACUAUCUCUGCACGGCCAUUGGAUUUGGUCAAGUACUCACUGCACCUUGUUAUGGAACCUCAACAACACAAAAUAUGUGUGAAAAAGCUGCAACAGUUUCAGCCAGGCUUCAGAAGGAGAGCUAAGAACAAGAGGUCCAGGCUGGAAUGUUAUCCCUGGUUUCCUGUAGGAAGUGUGGAUGGGAUGUGUCUCAUUUCUCUUUAACUACCCAAUCUCUGCUCCCAGGGUCUCCUGCAGCCUCCCUUCAGACACGUGGCCGAGCUCAGCCCACCCUUUCCCCGAUGCUGUCUGAGCCUGGAUGGAUCCCCCCUGGAGGAGCUGGCACUGGCACACAGGAGGAUCUGGGACUGUAGAGAAAUGGCUGAGUGAACAGGGACAUGUAUACAUGCACAAUCCAAGCUGUAUUAGUGAACUGUCCUUGACUAGAGAAAAAAGAGAGGAGCAAUGCUGAUGUGGCAAGCCAACAGGAUGUUGGGGAGGGGGAUGCUGACCAUAGAAAAAGAAAGACUUAUGAUAGUUAGUAGUGUGCAUAUUAAUCUGUAACCAAUUGCUUGCUAUUAAAGGCCGUGUGAACAGUAGCUGUAAUCCAAUAGUAUGGAGCUUGCUUAUGUGUGCUUGGGGAAUUAGGGUAUAACUGUGGGUCUGACAAUAGAAUAAAUGGAGUUCCAUCAUA